AUGGCGGAGGAAGCUAUUCGUGAAGGUGUCUUCAGUGUUCAAAGUGAUAUUUGGGCUUAUGGCGUCACCUUGUGGGAAAUCUUCUCCCUGGGCGGCAUACCAUAUCCUGGGAGGCCUGUCAACAGUGACUUUCUUCGGCAAAUCGAGGAUGGAUAUCGGAUGAAGAAGCCAAAAUAUGCUACCCCUGAAAUGUGGGUUGACUGGGAGUGCUUUAGAAUCGAUUCAGAGACCCUUAGGACUGGAGGCAAGUGUUUUGAAUGUAAGCUUUACUCAGAAACCCAUAAAAUCUAUGCGACCCGUUCUCACAAUUCUUCUAACG